UCUACGGUUGCCUAGCAACACUCUCACGCCUGGAUCCAAGUGCGUCCGGCCUUUUCUCCCCGAACUUUCCGAAUGUUCGUUCCUCCGCCUCUCACCUGUUCCCCUCGGGGCCCCCUCCCUCGUAAAGCCUCGCGCCUCCUACUCCUCUGGGUCCCUCGCCCCUCUCCCCACCUGGGGCCUCAUUCUCCCCUCCCCGCCUUUCUCUCUCUGGGCCUCACGCCCCCCUCCCCAUCCAAGACCUCGCUCUCUCCUCCCCUCACGCUCUUCUCCCCAUCAGGUCCCCCUCUUUUUUAAGACCUUGUGCCCCGCUUUCCCUGAAACCCCUCCCCCUUUCUCGACCCUCCCCCCCCCCCCCCCCCCCGCUCCCCACCUAAAGAAUUGCACUCUGCUGAGUCCUUCCCCACCAUGGAGGCCGAGUUGGGCACUGUGACAGUGAGCAAAGUUUACAAGGAGCACCUGCGCAAGCUGUGUCUGCAAGAGUUCCCAUGUGGCCUGGGCAGCUGGAACAAAGUCCGCUUUUCCCCUCAACACUUAAAAACCCAGAAAGGGCUGAUCCCCAAAAUGCCAGAAAACGUGCCCCCUGAAGAGGAGUCUAUGGAAUCCCUGCUAAGACUGGCACAAAGUAUAGAAUCUCCCUGGGCUCUAGACAAAGAUGCAACCAUGGAAGACCAGUAUUUGAGAGAGCUUGCCAUCCAGAACCCCUUCCUCAUUGGAGAUGACUUCUUGUUCUCCUAUUUCAAAUCCCUCCGACUGGUGAACAAGGGGAUCUCCCUCGUUGACGAAGACCUGAUCAAGUUCUUUCAGCUUGAAGAGUUGAUCCUGAGCGCGAACCGAAUCCAGAUGGUGGAUCCCAUGAAUCUGCCCCGAACCCUUAAGGUUCUGGAGCUCUAUGGAAAUGAGAUGACCAGCAUCCAGUGUCUGUGCUCUCACCCACCUCCAGCCCUCCAGCACUUGGGCAUGGGCCACAACAAGCUGAUUGGCUCCAUGGAAAGCCACUUUCUCACGGCCACUUUCUGGUCCAAUCUGGUCUCCCUGGACCUGAGCAGCAACGACCUGACUGGGCUCCGCUACAUAGUCGCCAGCCUGGCCACCCUGCAGAAGCUGAGGCUGCUGCUGCUGCAAGGAAACCCCCUGGCUUUGGUGCCCCAUUACCGCGGCUACACCAUCGACUGCCUGCAUCAGCUCUUCAUGCUGGAUGAGGUCACUGUCUCCCCUGAAGAGAGGCACCAGUUCCAGGGAAUCAGCUGCAAACUAGCAUAUGCAGAAGAAGCAGCCUGCAUGACAGUGACCAUGAAGAAUGUCACAGGCAUUUUGGAUUCCUCCCUCUUGGACCCGGAGCCAGCCAAUGAGGGGCCCUUUAAUGUUUACACCUACUUUGUGACAUAUAAUUUUCUGCCCGAGGAAAAGACCAUUGCCAAGGGGAGUGGCACUGUUGUGAAUGAGGCUUUCAAACCCAUUUCUGUCCCAGUCCUGUCAGUCCUGCUUUCCAAUGAGCAUACAAGUAAGAAUGAAUUGUCCACUGGACAGUCUGGAGGUUCCAGACAUUCUGGAGUUUCUGGAGAUCCUGGAGAGUCCAAAGAACCCGGAGAGUCGAAAGAAGCUGAAGAGCCCCAAGAUCCCCAGCUUAUCCCACCCCCAGGGUCAGUGCUCUUUAGCACAGCACAGAAGUUGUGGGAAAAUGUCAUCGAGUUUGAUUAUAAGAAGAAACAUAUUUUGAAGGAUCUGGUAAAGCUGAAGGCCUUCCUGUCGAAGGGGACCAGAAUCAACAUAAUGGAGGAAAAGGUAACUUCUUGGCUAAUUCUUCCUUCUCCGGUCGAAAGUCCCCCAACUGUCAAGAAAGGAAAAGGUGAGAAAGACAAGAAGGAAAAGGAAAAAGACAAGAAGGAAAAAGAGAAGGAAAAGGAAAAAGACAAGAAGGAAAAAGAGAAGGAAAAGGAAAAAGACAAGGACAAGGACAAGAAAAAGGCGGGGAAAGGGAAGGAAAAGGAAAAGGAAAAAGAAAAAGAAAAAGAAAAAGAAAAAGAGAAGGGGAAGAAGGGAAAAAGGAAGGAGGCAAUCAAGGAGUAUCGUCAGGAUCCCCCCAUCCGGCGAGUCUUGGGGAGUCAGCUAAUCAGUUUGGAGACCUUGAUCUCUGGGGAGGACACAGUGGAAACCACAUGCAAUUUUGGGAUUGUCCGUACGGCUGAAAUCGACAAGAUGGCCUAUCUGAGGGACUCUAAGGCAAAAGGCAAGGUCGUUAAAGGAAAGGGGAAAGAUAAAGAGAGAAAGAAAGAGAUCGCCUUGUUUGAGGAGCCAGAUUAUGAGCCAGAUCCUAUGACAGUGGACAUUCGAAUCCACCUGAGUCACUUCAGUUCUCUCGCAGAUGCCAUGAGCCCCACUUCCUAAUGCUCCCCCAGCCGUUCUUUAUGCCUCUUCACUUUGGUGUCAGAGACGUCUGACUAACUGGUUUGGUUGUCGCUACCGUUUCAGCAGCAAUCUUUCAGGGGAGCGGCGGCCCCCACCAACCAGGACAGCCUCCCAUAAUCAAGGCACAAGAGUCUGGCGAGGGGGAGAGGCCGGGGCACCGCAGCUGGUGGGCACAUCCCGUGGGGAAGGGAGAAGGGAGCCUAGCGGUCGCCAAACCGUCAGCUGAUUUCCUGCUCUUAAGUGGAUUAAAGGACUGAUUUAGCACGCU